AUGGCUUCUUUUGACUUGUGGAUCGGCGUCAGCAACGACCGUGGCUCUUAUGGACUUCGACACCGGGUACUUAUCCUUUCUGAACAAAGCAGUGAUCAGGCCACCUGGUAUCAUUCAACUAACGUUGGUGACUUAACCACAGGUGGGGCGUUCAGGGUACAAGUCGACGAAAAGCCGCUCGACUCUGAUGUUCUUGACUCACGCUUUUUUGUUGGCAAGUUUGCCGCCACGGACAAGGACAAGGUGAAAGAUGUAGUGCAGAGAACUCCUGCUACGUUCUGCCAGCAGUGGGUUGCCGAUGUCCUUGAAGCUUUGGAGAAGGAGUCUCUUGUUUCUAAGGGGACGUUGAAGGAUUGCACCCAAAUCAUAGCUGGUUUCCUAUCAUCUUCCAACAUCAUCUUGACAUUCAACACCCUCGACUAUGGACGAGACGUCGCAUCCCAACCAGGCGUCCCGCCUUUCAUCAUCGAAUCUUCUAAGCCCCAUACCCAUAGUGUUAUCUUCCUCCACGGUCUGGGUUCCAACGGAGAGAAAUUUGGCCGCGAGCUCAUCGAAACCGGCAUCUGCUCCGAUGGGAAAUCACUCCCUGAUCUCUUCCCUGGCGCACGAUUCACCUCCCAACGUCGAAAAGACUGGUUCGACAUCACAUCGUUAUUAGACCCCUACUAUGGCAGCCAGACUCAGUAUCAGGGCUUGGAGCAAUCAUCGCGCGAAAUCUUGCAACUGAUCAACGAAGAACGUCGCAAGGUCUCGGAAAAGAAUAUCAUCCUCGGUGGCAUCAGCCAAGGGUGCGCUAUGAGUCUCAUGUGCCUACUUGCGCUGGACUUUCCUAUCGGCGGGUUCAUUGGCAUGAGUGCGUGGCUUCCUUUCGCAGGAGAUAUAAGACAAGUCGCAGAGGAAAAUACUGCACAGCACAUCUCUGGCGAUGAAGGCCUGCGCGAUGCGGACGCCAAGUUCCACGACUAUGUAGAAGAACUGCUAGCAUUUGCCGGUCCUGAGCGAUCAAAGGCUCUAGGAGCCUUAUCGACACCUGUUGCUCUUGGACAUGGAGAAGCAGAUGAGAAGGUUGUCCCAGCUCUCGGCGAACAAGCUUGUCGGGCCCUACGAUCAACUGGAUUUGAGGUGGAGUGGAAGAGUUACGAAGAGCAAGGGCAUUGGUACAAGAUCCCCGAUCAGAUUGACGACAUCGUGAAGUUUAUCAAAGAGAGGGUCGGCUGGUCAAACUAG